AUGGUGGACGACGUGCUACGUCGUGAACAUAAGCACGAGACACGACGACGUGCUGCGAUCUCGUCCGUCCCGGUGCUAGCGCAGAUACUGGAGAGUAUGACGCUUGUUACAGUCAACGACGACUGUGACUGUGGUCCUGGCAUGAGUAAAAAACUUGAUGUCUUGCUAUAUGUUGGAGGUGGUGAUGACAAGUUUAAUACAGCAAUGAUUUUAUUCCCUGAUGAACAUGCUCAACCACUAGGAACGGAGACGGAUGAUGACAGGGUAGAAAGUAGCACUGGAAUGAAGCAAGUGCUGCUACUUGUCAUCGAUGGUACGUGGAAGGAGGCAAAGAAGAUUGUACGACGUAACAAAGUCCAUUGGAGACAGGCUACGAUAGACUGGGUAGCACGAGGGGCUAGUCUCCAGUACAUUUGCCUUGACAACAAGGAGAGUAAUGAUGCAGCUAUUGCUCUACCAAAACGGAGUAUUUACGGUGACCUGAUAAGAGAACCAAUGGAAGGUUGCAUGUCAACAUUGGAAGCGGUGGCGUCGAUCUUGGUCGUGUUGGAGCCUAAAGAGACUCGUUGGAUUGUAUAUGACUCACUGUUGCGUGGCUUUAAAGGAAUGGUGUCAAUUCAAAAGCAGUUCCAGCAGCGGGGACAUGAGACCAAGCUGGAGCAGUAUGGAGGUAUAUUCAAAGCUGAAGCUAUCGAGACCAAGCGACUCGGGCUACAGCAUCAGCAGCUACCAAAGAAAUGCGAUAGCACAGUAGCUGACACGAACAUUUCGACACGAGUCCGACGCGAGUACGUCUUCUACACUAGCCACACGGAUUUCCGACACCGCCAGCAGCUCACCCAGCAGGGUGAAAUAGUCGUGUGCACAUACGAUGAGGCGAGAGAGCGUUGCAUUGAUUUGAAAUCGGACCGGAAACGUGGUCAACGGGUAGCGAUGCUCCCACUCGAUGUCUUUGAAAAGCAUCUUCGACAAUGCUACGACGACUAA